ACUAUAAACAACUUAGUUUUUUGUUUAUUCUUCAGUAGAAAUCAAACUACUAACGAGAGUAUUAAAUCAAAUCUGAGAAGAAAAAGGCUAUCUUUAUCAAUAUGGAUAACUGCGAACCAAUAAAACCUUUAGAAGUCGUUGAAAUUUUACCUUCAAAAAAAGCUGAACCACUUGUUCCAUGUGCUACAAAACCAAGUGAUUUAGAAAUGCAAAAUCUUCUGCCACCUGAUCAUCCGCUCUUGAAGAGAUUUCAACAAUCUCUCAAGGAACAUCUUCUUCGGAUUAAAAGCCAGUUAACUGAUGAAAUCGAUGAAAUCAAGCACAAAAUUCAAUUAAAGGAACAAGAACGAGAAGAAUUCGGUGCAAAGCUGUAUGAUAAACAACAUGAAAUCGAAAGGCAAAACGAUAUUCUUGAAGAAUAUUCGAAAAAUAUUCACGAAACCGUUUCAAAACGUAUCGAAGAAGAACGUCUAAGGGAGUCUCUUCAAAAAGAAUAUGAUGAAAAAUUUGCUCUAACUAAAGAGAGAAAGUUCCAAUACAAUCAACGUUUAGUUGAACUUGGCCAUUUGCAAAAUUUGGAAAAUAAUAUUCGCAAAUGGACUAAUGAAUUUGAAACGGAAUUGACAAGUUCUAAACGUGUUGUUAGCAAAGAUGGUCAACUUCAAAAAGCUAUUGCUGAAGAAAAGCAAAAAUCUGAUUUGAUGUUUUUUAAUUUGCAAGUUGAGGUUAAAAAACGUGAGGAAGAAUUACAAGGGCUAUCUCAACAAAUAUCAGAUCAGACUAUGUUAAACAAUGUCCUUCAGACAAGUUUGUCUGAUGCAAAUGCCGAUUUGGAAGUUUUGCAGCAGGAGCAUAAACGACUUACACAGUCUUGGGGUGAAGUUAUAGUUGCUAUUCAGCAUAGAGAUAAGGUUCUAUUUCAGGCUAGGCAGAUCUUGCAAAAACAACAGGAAUCAUUAAAGCUUACAUCUUCAAGUAUCGAAGCAACACAAAAACAAGCAAUCAAAGAGACUGAAAAACAUGAACAGCUGGAAGCCUUCAAGUCACGCUUGACAAGAGAUCUAAUGUCAUUGAAAAGGGAUACUGAUAAACAAUCAAAACUACUGACAAAGCUCGAGAUGAAAAUGGAAGAGCUCCCCAAAAUUCUAGAACAAACUGAAAAAGAUUAUCAAGAAUCCAAACAAGAGGGACAUCAACUCAAUAUCCAACUUAAUGCUCUUCAAUUUAAAUUAGAAAAACAAUAUGCCAUUAAGAGUGACAUGGAAGAAGCUAUUCUUAAAAUUGCUCAAGAUCAACUUAUGUGUGAUAAGGCGUCAAAAUUUCGUUUAAAAGUUUUAAGUGAACAUCAAGAGAGUCGUCGUGCAAUGGAAGAAAAUUUGCAUAAAGUAGAAACUCAACUCUCAAAUAUGCUUCUAAAAUUGGAACGUCAAAAGAGUGCAAUAUUGCGACUUCAUGAAGAAGGUGAUGCCUUGAGUGGAACAUUGAAAGAACUUACCGAUGAAUCGGAUGGAAUAAAUAAUGAUAUCAAAGCAAUAGAAAAUCAAAUUGCAUUGAAAUUGAAACAAAUUGAUAAGUUAUCGAAGAUUUUGGAUGAUUUGAUCAAAGAAUCUCAGGGCUGUGAGGUUAGUCCAACGGAAUAUAAGAUUAAAAACUUGGAGAAAGCUAUACAAGAAACUGAUCAAAAAGUUCAAGAACAUCAACAAAUCUGGUUGAUUCUACAAGGACACAUUGUACAUUUAUCUCAGAAGAGAAAUAAUCAACUGAAUGACAUUCAAGUUGCUAGAAAACAACUCCUGAUUAUAAGUCAAAAAUCUCUGAAAAUUGAUAACGAAAUGGAACAAACUGAAAACAAUACUCGAGAAAUAGCACGAGAAAUUCAAAGCUUCGCUACAAAACUGGAGCUUUUAAGUGCUAAAGGCUAUGAAAAAAAGAAACAACACGAGGCCACGGAAUUUGAAUGUGAAAUGGAACAUUUUGAUUUGUUGGAAAAAUUGAAGGACAGUGAAAUGAGGGUUUUACAACUUGAACAAGAAACUGCCGAUCUUACAAAAGACAUUGAACACCACAAAAAUAUUGUCCUAGAACGUCAUCGAGAAGCACUCUCUUGGGAAACCAAGUACAAAUUAAUCGAUGAAACCCUUCGUUGGCGAAGAAGUGAAUCAGCAGUUGAAAGUGAAAUCGGUAAUAUGCGUGCUGAAAUACAUCGCAUGGAAAUUCGUUACAAAGAAUUGAAACGAGCUCAAGAGAAACUCAUUCAGGACUUGGAUCAUUGUGUUAUGCAUAGAGAGAGGAUUUUUGUGGUAGCUUCGACUAAACAAAAAAUGGAAGGAGCACAUUUUCGCUGUAGAACAAAUAUUCAGCAAAAAAUUAAUGAUGUUAAAACGAAACUUAAACAAGUAAACUAUGAAAUUGGAGCUGCUGAAAAGAAGCUGAAUGAACUUUCAAAGGAACAUGCUGAAUUGGAACAAGCUAAAAACGGUGUACAAAAAGAUAUUGAUAUGGAAGUCAAUCAAGAUAGAUUGAUUAGCAAUGAAAUUGAACAGGGUAUUCUUUUGAAACAUCAAAAUUUGGAAAGUAUUGUAAGGAAACAAAAUCGAGCUAAAGAAUAUCGAAGAUUGACUGCGGCUAGUUCACAACCGAGGGUUUCCAAAUCAGAGACAUCUGUUGAGCUGAGUAUGCAGAAGCAGGUUGAAAUUAAUAAUCAUUUGGCAGAAGUUGUUGAUGCUCUUUUAAUUGAGUUUCCGGAUAAGAAAUUUAUCUUGACACGUUUGUCUCAAACUUUAAAAGAUUGAACAUGAUAAUUAUGUAUAUCAUAUGACUAUCAUAAUAAAUGGGUUUUGCACUGUU